AUGAAGCCCCCGGACCGCCCCGCCCCUGGCCGCACUGACCGGAUACUGGGGGUCAUGGGGGGCAUGCUGCGCGCAUGCGCCCUCCCCGGGCAGGAGGGGCCCCGGAAGAGAAGCCCCCUAGGGCCAGGAGGGACAGAGACAGAGUCUGACUGUACCGAGGGGGAUCAGAAAGGGGAGCGCGAACGUGAGGUCCCCGCCUGGGCUCCGCUGCUCGAAUCCUAUUCCAUUGCUGGCAGUGAGGGGAGUAUCUCAGCUUCAGCUGCUUCGGGUCUGGCUGCCCCCUCUGGCCCCAGCUCUGGCCUCAGCUCUGGCCCCUGUUCCCCGGGCCCCCCAGGGCCAGUCAGUGGCCUGAGAAGAUGGUUGGAUCAUUCCAAACAUUGCCUCAGUGUGGAAACUGAGGCAGACGGUGGCCAGGCUGGACCAUAUGAGAACUGGAUGCUGGAACCAGCUCUAGCCACAGGAGAGGAGCUGCCAGAACUCACCCUGCUGACCACAUUGUUGGAGGGCCCUGGAGAUAAGACAGAGCCACCUGAGGAGGAGACUCUGUCCCAAGCCCCUGAGAGUGAGGAGGAACAGAAGAGGAAGGCUCUGGAAAGGAGUAUGUAUGUCUUGAGCGAACUGGUAGAGACAGAGAAAAUGUAUGUGGACGACUUGGGGCAGAUUGUGGAGGGUUACAUGGCCACCAUGGCUGCUCAGGGGGUCCCGGAGAGUCUUCGAGGCCGUGACAGGAUUGUGUUUGGGAACAUCCAGCAAAUCUAUGAGUGGCAUCGAGACUAUUUCCUGCAGGAGCUACGGCGGUGUUUGAAGGAUCCUGAUUGGCUGGCUCAGCUAUUCAUCAAACACGAGCGCCGGCUGCAUAUGUACGUGGUGUACUGUCAGAACAAGCCCAAGUCAGAGCACGUGGUGUCAGAAUUUGGGGACAGCUACUUUGAGGAGCUCCGGCAGCAGCUAGGGCACCGACUACAGCUCAACGACCUCCUCAUCAAACCAGUGCAGAGGAUCAUGAAAUACCAGCUGCUGCUCAAGGAUUUUCUCAAAUAUUAUAGUAGAGCUGGGAUGGAUACUGAAGAGCUGGAGCACGCUGUGGAGGUCAUGUGCUUUGUACCCAAGUGCUGCAAUGACAUGAUGACCCUGGGGAGACUUCGGGGGUUUGAGGGCAAACUCACUGCUCAGGGGAAGCUCUUGGGCCAGGACACAUUCUGGGUCACAGAGCCCGAGGCUGGGGGCCUGCUGUCCUCCCGGGGUCGAGAGAGACGUGUCUUCCUCUUCGAGCAAAUUGUCAUCUUCAGUGAGGCCCUGGGAGGAGGAGUCCGAGGAGGAUCACAGGCUGGAUAUGUAUACAAGAGCAGCAUCAAGGUGAGCUGCCUGGGACUGGAGGGGAACCUCCAAGGUGACCCUUGCCGCUUUGCACUGACCUCCAGAGGGCCAGAGGGUGGGAUCCAGCGCUAUGUCCUGCAGACUGCAGACCCUGCAGUGAGUCAGGCCUGGAUCAAGCAAGUGGCUCAGAUCCUGGAAAGCCAGCGGGACUUUCUCAAUGCAUUGCAGUCACCCAUUGAGUAUCAGAGACGAGAGAGCCAGACCAACAGCCUGGGGCGGCCAGGAGGGCUUGGGGUGGGGAGUCCUGGGAGAAUUCGGCCUGGAGACCGGGCCCAGGUCAGCACAUAUGCACCCAUCAAUGGCUCUCUCCCCUCCCUGCUGCUGUUGCCCAAAGGGGAGGUGGCCAGAGCCCCCCUGCCCGUGGACACACAGGCCCUCAGUGACAUCCCCCGAGCUCCUCGUGACUCUCCUCCAGCUCCACCAAUUCCAAACACCCCUCCCUGCCAAGCCAGACUUGCCAAGCUGGAUGAAGAUGAGCUCUAAGUGGUGAAGGCCUGGGGUGGUGCUGACCCAGCCACCCCAUUUUCUGAGGAACUUCAGGGCAAUCCUUCUGACAUCACCUUGGAAUUCCUUCUUGUGUGUCUGGCGGGGGAGGGGGGGGGACAAGGCUGGGAGUGGUGUUGACUUGGAGGAGGAUUCCUAGACUCAGAAGGACUUCUUUCUGCUUAAGGAACACAGGUUCCUUCAGCGCCCACCCCUACGCAUGCCUCACAGGUCCCCCCAA